AUGGAUUCAUUAAGAAGUCAAGGUGGGAUUCAGAUGCUUUUAACUGCUGAACAAGAAGCCGGCCGGAUCGUUUCAGCUGCUAGGACCGCAAAACUAGCAAGAAUGAAGCAAGCGAAAGACGAGGCCGAGAAAGAGAUGGAAGAGUAUCGGUCCCGACUAGAAGAAGAGUAUCAGACACAAAUUUCAGGGACGGAACAAGAAGCAGCUGCGAAACGUUUAGACGAGGAGACAGAUGGCAGGAUUCAAAACCUUAAGGAAUCUAGUUCAAAAGUCUCAAAGGAGAUUGUCAAGAUGCUCAUCAAGUAUGUUACCACUACUGGAGCAUGA